CCUUCUUUCUGACAGGGACCAGGGGUAGUUAAGGUAUUCAAGAAAAAACCAUGACUGGUCUCGGCGACAGUAUUAUGAUAUUCUUACACUUUUAACAUUUUUGUUGCCAAUAAUCUAGUUUCUUGUUUAUUCGACACCUAUUUGGCUGUUUCUUGAAUUUAAUUGGCUCUUCUUCUAGUUUUCUCCUUUGAGUCUUAUAUCUGGAGGCCAAGUUUCAGAUCCACCAGGUCAUUGCCUUUCAGCUGAAGAUGGACAGGGCAGACACAUCUGGCUUUGUGAGUGGUGGAAGUUCAUUAUCUCUCAAGUCUUUCCACUAUAUGCUUAUAUCUACAAGUGUCAUGCACUAAGUGGUAGCUUCUUAGGAGUUGUAUAUCUACUACACCCUUUUCAUCUUCAUAUGAAUCCGAAUCACGGUGGAGAUCCUCUCUCUAAUGCCACCGGCAUCAAUUAUAUGGGAGACUCUCAAAGCCAUUUUUGUUCUGAUGUUUCUAACUGCACUGAUGAUAGCUGCCGCUUAGUCCUUGGACUAGGUCCAACAUCAGCUCCAUACUGUUUCACCAACAAAAGUUAUGGCUCUAGAUCCACUCAAGAACUCCCAUCAUCACAAGGUGGUUCAGCUCUUCAACUUGGUCUUCCAGACACUCUAAGUGGACUUGAUUCCUCAUCGUCUACAUAUACUAGCAGACAAUGUGUGGAUGAAGGUUCUACUUCCGCAAAGAGAUCAUCAGGUGGCUACAUGCCACCACUCCUGUUACAUCCAAAGACGAAUAACGUUAGACGUUGCGGGUUCAUCAAGGGGUGUGACAAAGCAGCGCGGGGAAAAUCAGGUCUCUGCAUAAAACACGGUGGUGGCAAGAGAUGUGUUAUAGAAAGCUGUGCGCGAAGUGCUGAAGGACAAGCUGGUCUUUGUAUAUCUCACGGUGGUGGGAGACGCUGUCAGUUUUCUUCAGGGUGUGAUAAAGGAGCUCAAGGGAGUACUAACUACUGCAAAGCACAUGGAGGUGGGAAACGCUGUAUAUUCUCAGGGUGUGGUAAAGGAGCAGAAGGGAGUACUCCUCUGUGUAAGGCGCACGGUGGUGGGAAGCGUUGUAUGGCUGAUGGAGGUGGGGUUUGCUCUAAGAGUGUGCAUGGUGGGACUAACUUCUGCGUUGCUCAUGGUGGUGGGAAGAGAUGUGUUGUGUCAGGGUGUACUAAGAGUGCUCGUGGUCGCACUGAUUGUUGUGUUAAGCACGGUGGUGGAAAGCGGUGUGUGGUUGGUGAGUGUGGGAAGAGUGCUCAAGGGAGUGGUGAGUUGUGCAAAGCUCAUGGCGGUGGGAAGAGGUGUUCUUGGGGAGGUGGGGGAUGUGAGAAGUUUGCUAGAGGGAAGAGUGGUUUGUGUGCUAAGCAUAAUAGUGUUAAGGAGAAAGGAGGAGAUGGUGGAAGCAAGAGUGGUUUGAUUGGACCGGGGUUGUUCAGUGGCCUUGUUAUUGGUUCUAGUUCUGAUCAUUCUCAGUCUGAAGUUAGCGCUAUACAGUUGGAGAAAAGGCAGAAGAUGAUGAUGAUACCGAUGCAGGUUCUUGUGCCUUCAUCAAUGAGAUCUAUGAGUGAUUCACAUGAAGGAGAAACAAACGUGUUUGACUUUAUGAUUCCGGAGGAGAGAGUUCAUGGUGGUGGGAUGAUGAUGUCUUUACUUGGUGGCAGCAUGAAACAACCUUCCACUGAUGGAAUCUGAGAGCAUUCUCUUUGUUAAGUGUUACCUGCUCAGAACAAACUUUUGUAAAGCUGUAAAUGUGUGUGUUUGUAACUGGUUAUGUUUGGGCCUUUGGUGGGCUUCUUUAUAACUUACCAAUACAAUUGUUCAACACAAAUCUACUGUUU